AGUACUUAGUUAUUGUUGUCUGCUUCCCAGUGGCAUAAGCAAGCGCCAGUUUUCAUUGAAUGGGAAAGCGUUUAUCGUUUAUUCGGUGUAUUCAAUUCAAAUAACGGAAAUAGGCACAAAAUGGACCAUUGACAGUAAUCGCUUUCGGAGAAACACUAGAUCUAAACGGCAGAGGCUAUAAGCAGGUGUUGUUGGUGGGGUGCCUGUGGAGAGAGUGAUGCGAGACAGUGGAGACAGCUUGGCACAGAACCACUGGACCAAUGAGCUGACACUGGCAGGGGAACCUGAGACAGUCAGACAGGAGGCCACUGGACCAGGAUAUCUGGUGGACUCCAGAACGCCUCACUAUGUCCAUAGAAGUUCCAUGCAUUUCAAGCUAGGGUGGCCUGAGGAGGAAGCUAGCAUGUUGGGCAUGGAAGAACGUAUGGAUAUGGACCCCGAAGAGGAUAAGGAGGAGGAUUUCAGUUGGGAAGAACCAGGAGAGGAUGAUUGGACUGCACCACUUCUAUCGCCAUCACAUCAUCAGAGUAGAUCCACAGCCAGUGACUCUGGUAGCCCCUCACAAAUAAAAACACAGCCCAAUGGGUUCAGGAUGCGGAGGCUGCUGCGCUGGUAUAGACUCAGUAGGACUGUGAACUGCCACACUCGCUUGGCCCUGCAUUGGAGGACAUGGUGCCAGCUGGCUAAAUGGGCUGGGUCUUUGGGCCUGGGGUACAGGCGAGCUAGGCCUAGGAGGUGGCACCUCGGGAGCAGGAACAAACAUCUCCACAACAGACGGAAGCCAGGAAGAUCCUAUCUGCAUGGGGGAACUCAGGGCUGCUUUAAGGGAAGGGAAGAUAUAGAGGCUGGAGAUGACCCUUGGGUGUGUGGGACAAAUGGACACAUAGGGAAUGAGGUGGCGAGUAAUGCAGCCAAGGUUGGGGACAGGGACGGGCUGGGCUUCCGGGAAUCUCCUGGAAGCCUGCCAACCAUCCACAGGGAUAAACCACCACCUCAGCAGCAACUCAGCAGUGAACACAUCUCCUGUGUACAAGCCAUCAGGGAUCUUCUGGGAGGAGAAGAGACGCGGCCUGGUACCAGGCACCAUGACAGCCGUAUGUUGAAUGAAUUCCUGCACCAGUACGGGAGCAUGAUCCCUAUCCAUGUGGAUGAGGUGGUGGACAAGCUACAGGAAAUCUUCCCCAGCAAGAGCUUCUCCGAGCCCCACAGGAAAGUUGUUGUGCAGCACCUCAUCCAGUCUUACCAGCGUCUGUCUGGGACUGCCAUGGUGAGGGGGUUCCGUGUCAACUACAAGCGCCACACCCUCACAAUGGAUGACCUCAGCACAUUGUAUGGACAGAACUGGCUCAACGACCAGAUCAUGAACAUGUAUGGGGAUAUGGUUAUGGACACAGUCCCAGAAGAGGUUCAUUUUUUCAACAGCUUUUUUUACGACAAGUUGAGGACAAAGGGCUAUGACGGGGUCAAACGGUGGACGAAGAAUGUGAACAUUUUCCAGAAGAGGCUACUGUUGAUCCCUAUCCAUCUGGAGGUGCACUGGUCUCUGGUGUGUGUGGACGUCCCACAGCGCGCCAUCACAUACUUUGACUCCCAGCGCACCCUCAACCGCCGCUGCCCAAAGCACAUUGCAAAAUACUUACAAGCUGAGGCAAUCAAGAAAGAGCAGAAGGAUUUUAUCACAGGGUGGAAGGGUUUCUUCAAAAUGAACGUGGGCAGGCAGAACAAUGACAGCGACUGCGGAGCAUUUGUCCUCCAGUACUGUAAGUGCCUAGCCUUAGAGCAACCUUUCCGUUUUGGCCAGCUGGAUAUGCCAAAGCUAAGGAGACUCAUGUACAAAGAGUUGUGUCAUUGCAAGCUCUCACUGUGAGUUUGAAUGAAAGAACUAUCGUAGAACGAAAGAAGACGUAGACUAUUCACCCUUCCCUUCCCCCAGCUUUCUUGGCAGAUAUGUUUUUUUACAAGAUGGACAUUGUUGCAUUUUUAUUUUCUUGCUCACACCCACUCACUCUUUAUUUUCCUUUUUGAUACAAGUAAACUGUACUCCUAUGAGGACACUAAACAAAAGAAUGGUUGUUUCACUUAGGGUGUGAUGUAGGAGAUUAUUAUAAUAUUUUUUAAAUAUAUUUUACCAUAUUUUACUUUUUCUCCCCAAUUUCGUGAUAUCCAAUUGCGCUCACUGCAACUCCCUAACGGGCUCGGGGAGGGUCAUGCGUCCUCCGAAACAUGACCCGCCAAACUGCUCUUCUUAACACCUGCCCGCUUAACCCGGAAGCCAGCCUCAAUGUGUCGGAGGAAAUACCAUUCAACUGAUGAUCAGUCAGUCUGCAGGCGACCGGCCCACCACAAGGUGUCGCUAAAGCGCGAUGAGCCAAUAAAGCCACCUGGCAAAACCCUCCACUAAUAUGAACGACCCUGGGCCAAUUGUGCUAUCCCAAUGGGACUCCCAGUCACGGCCGGUUGUGACAGUGUGGGAUGGAACACUGCUCUCUAGUGACGCCUCAGACCACUGCGCCACUUGGGAGGCCACGCAAGAUUAUUUUUUUGUCCUUGAUGUUUUUGGGGGAUAGCCAGGGAUAUAGUGUUGAAAAUAAAAUAAAUGAAAGUUAAGUGUUGAUGGAUCAACUUUAUUUUCAGUUGAUUUGUAUUCAUUUUUAGGGAACAUGGUUUGUGGGCAAAUUAAUAUUUCCUAUUAGAUGAAAUGAUUUUCAUUUGAAUCUGAAAUCAUAAACGGUUUUGUCUAAAGGAAAUAUUAAUUAACAAUUUGAUUAUUCAAUGUUUUUAAUUAUCGGUUCUGGUUCAGCCUGUGCACCAGUACGUUUUGGCCAAUGAAUAGUGGUGACUUGCUGUCAACAAAUUAUAAAUGGGUUGUUCUUCAUGUUUUUGAUUUGACAUGUAAUUGAAUAAAUGGAUAAACGUUA